AUGGUCGAGCUCAUCAAUUCUCCCGACUCUCGAGCUUUGCUCCCUCCCCUCCUCGCUUGUCUUCCUACAGCUUUUGUCUCUCCACGCCCGCCACCAGCCCUCCUCCCACUACUCUCCCCAAUCCUCCGCCAACGACUACAAAUCCUUACCUCAGUAUCUACCUCCCCGGACGAGUCAUGGUUGAAGCUUCUCUGCUGGGAGCCCGCCAAGGCGGACCGUCUCCAGAGCAUCGUCGACAACACCACUUUCGAGCCGCACCCCGUCUCCGGCGAGAUCGAGCUCACGGACGACCUGCCCGCAACCUACAAACGGAUUGACGACGAGACACUCCAGUCACUAGUCGUGCUGCCAGAGUACAGCCUAGCCGUGAUCUACCUGUGGUGCCCCACCGACGAGCAUGGCCGUGGCUGGCGCGUGGCGGAACUACUUCCGCGCGAGAGCCCAGCCGACGACGAAAACACGUGGGCGUCUUCCAUUAGCGAAGCGACCACACAAGCAAAAGACAGGCUUCUGGCAGAAAUUCUGGACGAGAAGGACGAAAAGUCAAACAGUGAACAACAAGCCAAGGACGAAGAAGAUGACGAUGACGAUGAUUACUGGGCUCAGGCCCCUCCCGGACUCUCUGAAGCAUCGUACUUCUCCCAGUACGGUGACGUGCAGCCGGCCAUGGAUAGCCAUGAUCCGACCGAGGAACAGCCAGAGGUUGGACCCUCGUCUUUGAACGGAGAUAUUCUCGCCAACCUUCUACGUUCAUCAAUGGGUGGAUCUGAAGACCCGGCAAAUGGCCCUCGCACAAAUGGUUACGCCCACGAUAAUAUCCCCAAUGAAGCUUCUGCUCAUGCACUCAACCACCCCCGCCCCGCGUCUGCUUCUUCGGGCAGUUCCGAUGCUGUCGCGAAGCUGGAGCAGGAAGCAGAAAGUCAAUCUACCUACGAAGUAGGCGUGAAGCAACACAUUAGUACCAGUAUCAAGAGUCUAUUCCGUCUGGCCAAGGCGACGGGCAUGUCACGGAGCGACUUCCAGUCUUUGGUUCAGACUGAGGUGCAACUUUUGAAUUUGACAGACGAUGAGUGA